GUUAUUUGUGUAUUUGUCAUAGUCUAAAAUGGCCAAGUUAAUCCAAGCCCCACCAAAGUUUACACCUCCAGAAUGGCACACAUCGAAUUUCAUUAAAUAUAAUAAUGCUGAAGGUCAAAGGUCAAGAUCUGAAAGAUUAAUUGAUGAGAGCAGAAGACUUAUAGAAGAGGUGGAUAAAACGACAAGACGCAGUCAACGAGAUGUUAACAAAAAGAUUGAUCAAAGAUUGGAAGACAUAAAUUUUUGGAAGUCUGAAUUAGCAAUCAAGUUAUCGGAAAUAACAGAUGAAAUUGAUACUUUACUCGAAUAUAAAGCAAGAUUGGAGAAAGCAUUGCAAGCAUGUGAUGAACCCCUCGCAAUUUCUCAAACUUGUCUUAUUAACAGAGAAAGUCGUGUCUCUAUCGAUCUAGUUCAUGAUUUGGUAGAGAAAGAACUUUUCAAAGAGGUUGAAGUGAUUCAAGGGGUUCAAGCACUACUGAAAAGAACACUUGAGCAGACUGUAGAGCAAAUUAGGCUAAAUCGUUCUGCCAAAUAUUAUUUGGAAAAAGAUUUGAAAGACAAAGCCAUUGCUCGGGAUAUUGAUUCAUUAUGUGCAGAACUCAACAACAAUACGAGCGGAAUCUCAUUCAGAGCCAAUGUUGUGAGAAUAGAUUCAAACUCUGUGACACCACAUGACUGGGCCUUGUUCAGUAAUGCGAACAUCAAGAAAGCUGAACGAGAAAAGAAUAGUUCAAUCACAUUGAGAGCUGGCAUUGAUGGCGUUCUCAAACAAACUGCAGAUGACAUGCAGACACAAUGCAAUGCUGUAAACCUGUCAUUCAGAGAAAGAGUUGCUGAAAUGAAGGACGCAAAGAAUAAAUUGGAGAAACACCUGGAUAAGGUUCAAUCUGAAAUCAGUUCGCAAGAGAAGAAUAUCAUUGAACUAAGAAGAGCAAUUGAAGAUAAGAACGGACCAAUGAUGGUGUCACAAUCAAGAUUGGGUGAAAGAACUGAACGACCAAACGUUGAACUUUGCCGAGAUCCUGUACAAUAUAGACUGAUUGAUGAGGUUAACGAGAUCCAAACAAACGUGAACAAUCUUGUUGCAACUCUUGCUUGUGCUGAAGCAGAACUGAAAGGUCUUACUAGAAAUCAACUAUUACUCGAAGAAGAUAUCCAGGUCAAAUCAAACUCUCUUUUCAUUGAUGAAGUCCAGUGCAUGCAAAUCCGUGAAGCAAUUUCAAUCAAUUAUUUCUAAAUCAGACGAGACAGGCAAAUUACUUUUAUCAUCAAAGAUUUUUAUCAGAAACCUUUUCUUUUAUCAUCCAUCCAUUGACUCUUUAUAAGAGAAAGAAUGUGUAUAUGCUAAAACUAUUUCUUAUUAUGAAUAGGUAGGGAAGAAUUACCACACAUUUUUAUUAACUUGCAUCGUGCGUGUUAUGUUUAGGUCUGUAGCGUAGUUUGUCAACAUUAAAGUCAUUUUUUGUAGGUAAUUUUACUUCUUGAAUUUUAUCAUAAUUUACAACCAAGAUGGACACCACAGAAAUCAAAGUAUUUGUUUCUGAAAAUCAAAUAGCUCAUGAAGAAUGUGUUAUGUGUGAAUUUGAAUAUCUGAAAUUGUAGCUAUUCCUUGUAUUGUUUUGUAUUUUUCAAUAAUUGUGAGAUUAUCAACUUAAACUGCGGAUGCGUGUGUGUUUUAUUAUAUAGUAUUGUCUAAAAGUACUAGCCGGUUCAUUUCUCUGAUUAUCCACCAGUAGAAAUUAUAUUGUCACUGUCCAGUGUGGUGUUUUGUUGACUGUUUCAAUUGUAGGUCUUGCUUCUUUUUAUGUGAUUAAUAUUUUCUUUGUACAGUAUUUUAUGGUUUCUGGUCUAUCACAAAUAAAUGUCUGUCAAUGUCAA